AUGGAGCAAGCCGUCGCGGGGCGCGAUUGGUCUCAGCUCCCGGCGGACCUCGUCGUCCUCGUCCUCGGCGCGCUGGAGGUCCCCGAGCUCCUCCGCUCCGCCGCCGUCUGCCGCUCUUGGCGCGCCGCGUACAAGCUCGACCCCCGGCUUGACGCGACCCCCCUCUUCCGCGGCCCGUGCCUGCUCUACUCCUCUGCCGAUCGCGACGCCGACGUGGCGACGCUGCGCAGCCUCUCCGAGUCCGCCGCCGCCGACCACACCACUAGCACCAGGCGCCGCCACCAUGUCACCCUCCCCGCCCCGUCCUUCCGCGGCCGCUACGUCGUCGGCUCCUCCCACGGCUGGCUUAUCACUGCCGACGAGCAGUCGGAGCUUUUCCUCGUCAAUCCAGUCACGCGUGCUCAGAUCGCGCUCCCGCCGGUGAAGACCAUGAGGAGCUUGAACCUUCGUCUUGCUAGAUCCUCCAAGGCCCUCCAAGGCUACUUCCUUCACUACAUGGAUGUCGCAGCAGGGUGUCGUAACUCGCACAUGUACGACCUGCGGGAAUUUUAUGAUCCAAAUGAAGCUCGCUUCUUGCUAUACAGGAGGGUUGCCCUUUCUGCUGAUCCGUCCAGUGGAAACUGCAUCGUCCUGAUCAUCCACUGUUUCCAAGAGCAGCUUUCCUUCGCAAGGAUUGGGGAUGCCGAGUGGACAUGGAUUCACGGCGAAGAACACUUCUGCCAUUACCAAGAUCUUUUCUACAACGACAAGGACUCCCUGUUCUACGCCCUCCGAGGAACUGGAGAGGUUCACACCAUUGAUUUCAGUGGAUCAUCAUCUCCUGUGGUGAAAAUCAUCUUCAAAAAAGUUGUCAACUAUAUAGACAACUACAAGUAUCUUGUUAGAGCACCGAGGGGUGACCUCAUUCAGGUCUGGAGGGACGACGAUGUUGUCGACAACGGUGAGUGGGUCACUAAGAAGCUGGUUGUGUACAAGAUGGAUCUUGUUCACCAGAAGGUCGCUGAAGUGAAGGACCUACAGGGAUAUGCCCUGUUCCUUGGUUUCAACACCUCAUUUUUCCUCCCAGUUGCAUGCUCCCCUAUGUUGAAGGCGAACUGUAUCUACCAUACUGAUGACAACACGGAGUACAUCGGAGGACACAAAUUCAGUCGGCGCCAUAUUGUUGCUUUCAGCCUCGAUGAAAAUGUCUUCGCUGAAUUCUUGCCCUGUGAUUCAAGGCUCAACUGGCCGCCUCCUAUUUGGAUUAGACCCUCGUGUGAAUGGGUUGGCUGA